AUGGAAACAAAUUCACAGAUUCCAAUGGUUGAGCGAAUUGGGACUGAGAGCAAUCUUGCUCCCAGUUCUAUUGCUCCUGUUGAUGGUGCUGGUGCUGUGGGUAAUGUUGAGGGCUCAGCACAGGCUCAACCAGAGAAUGUAGUUGAGCCAAAUGCAAAAAAGAGGAAGCCUAUUGUUAGAAGGUCAGCUGUUUGGGACCACUUUGAAAGUAUUUAUGAUGAUGAUGGUAGAGUAGUUUCAGCUAAAUGUUUAUAUUGUGCCAGAGUCUAUCAGUGUCAUAGUAAGACUAAUGGGACUUCAACCCUUAGGGCACACAUGCUUGCUUGCUUAAAAAACCCUCAAAGUAAACAAACUAGGCAAACCUUGUUAACUCUGCAGAAUGUUAAUUGUAAUGCCAUUGAUGGUGGGGGUGAUAAAGUAAACCUAGGGGCUUGGAAGUUUUUCCAAGAUGCCAUUAGAGAGGCCUUAGCUUACAUGAUAGUUGUUGAUGAGUUGCCCCUUAAGUUUGUAGAAGGGUUGGGUUUUAGAAAGUUAAUGAACACUGCUUGUCCUAAGUUUAAAAUACCUUCUAGGUGGACUGUCACUAGGGAUGUUUUUAAACUUUAUGCUGAUGAGAAGUUAAAAUUGAAAACCUUUUUAAAAGACCAUAGUCAAAGGGUUAGCAUUACAACUGACACUUGGACUAGCAUACAAAGGAUAAACUAUAUGUCUGUUACGUGUCACUGGAUUGAUGAUUCAUGGAGAUUGAAUAAGCGUAUUAUUGCUUUCAUGCCUGUUAGUGGUCAUAAGGGUGAAUAUAUUUCUAAGUGUUUAGAGAAUUGUGUUGUUGAUUGGGGUGUCAAAAAUGUUUUUUCAGUUACUAUGGACAAUGCCAGUAGUAAUGAUGUUGCAGUCUCUGUUUUUAAGAAAAAGAUGAUGUCUUGGGGAACUGGGGUGGCUAAGGGGAAAUAUUUGCAUAUGAGAUGUAUUGCUCAUAUCUUAAAUUUGGUUGUUAGUGAUGGUUUGAAAGAUGUUAAUGUUUGUAUUAAAAAGGUUAGGGAGUGUGUGAGGUACAUCAGAAAUAGUCCAGCUAGACUAAAAAAAUUUAAAGAGGCUGCUGAUUUUGUUGGGGUUGAAACUAAAAAGGGGUUAAGUCUAGAUGUACCUACUCGCUGGAAUUCAACCUUUUUAAUGCUUUCAACAGCUUGUUUAUAUGAGAAAGUUUUUGAAAAGUAUGAAGAGGAUGAAUCUGCUUUUAAAACUGAUUUGAGUGGUAAUAUUCCUGACUUUCUAGAUUGGGAAGUAGUUAGAAAAUUUGCCAACUGUCUUUCACAUUUUUAUUCAGUCACCUUGCGUAUAUCUGGCUCAUUGUAUGUUACUUCUGACAUACAUUUUCAAGAAAUCUGUGAUUUGAAUGUGGUGUUGUGUGAUAUGAUGGAGAGUGAGGAUUUAGAGAUAAAGAAUUUGGGUGGGAAAAUGAAAUUGAAGUUUGAUAAGUAUUGGGGUGAUCCUGAUAAAAUGAACAAGUUGAUAUUUUUUGCUUAUGUUUUUGAUCCCUCAGCUAAGUUAGAAGGGAUGGAAUAUUCAUUGUGUCUUAUGUUUGGCAAUGUAAAUGGUGCUAUAUUGUACAAGUCUGUAGUUGAUGAGCUUAACUUGCUGUAUAAUGAGUACAAAUCCUUGUACGAAUCUGGUGGGAGCAAUUCUGUCAGUGAGUUAAGCUCCCAGACUCAGAUACUUGCCUCUGUCCCUGUCCCUGUCCCUGAUGCUGCUGCCAGAAACAAAAAACAUCCAUCAGUAAUGAAAGCACGAUUCAAGCAGCAUAGGAGGAACAUGGGAACCUCAAGUACACGGAGGAGUGAGUUGGAAGUUUAUCUAAGUGAGGACUUAGUUGAGGAUGAUGAUGAUCUUGAGGUCCUAUGUUGGUGGAAGCAUAAUGCAUUGCGUUUUCCAGUUCUCUCUCGACUUGCCCGCGAUAUACUUACUGUUCCCAUUUCCACCGUUGCGUCUGAGUCUGCAUUCAGUGCUGGUGGGAGAGUGCUAGAUUCUUUCAGGAGUUCCCUAACUCCUAAACUGGUGGAGGCACUAAUUUGCACUGAGGAUUGGCUGAGACAAGCAAGUAAUCCUCUGGAUAUUGAAGAGUCAAUUGAUGAGCUUGAGAUAUUUGAGCAAGGUUAUGCACUUCUUUCUGUUUUUAUUUCAAGAUUAUUUUCCUUUCUCAUUAGUAGCAUUAAUCUGCCUUAUCUGUUAUAUUCUGAACUAUUAUGUCUUUUGUUUUGGCUAUCCAGAGUUGCCAAAUGUUGGUCCUCCUGCUGCCUGAAAAAGAACAUGAUCAAUGAUGCAGUAUUUUUGCUUUUGGAACACAUCUAUGCAGCUAAUGUCCUUUUGAUGGAUCCUGUCCCCUGGUUGAUGCUUUACAAUCAGUUACGGAUUGCAUUUGCUAGGAAUGGGAUUCAUAAGAUGGGAUCUGAUUCUGAACUUUAA